UUGUUCCAGUUAGUGAAGCAUGGAGAGGUCGUGGACUAUUAUAUCAACGCUAGCCCCACUCCAUGGCAUAACAGCCUGUGUGCAGACGAUGGACUUUUGCAAAUGCCUACAAAAUGCGUUCUUCAUCCCAACAUGGCUGCCCAGACGGUGUACCCUGUGGGGGUGGUCAUGCUCACCCCGCUGGUGGGUGUGCCCAUGGGUGGGGAGGAGCAUGGGGUGACGGAGCUCCCCAGGUCCGAGCUGGCCGCGCCUCAGCUGGUCAUGCUGGCCAACGUGGCGCUGACGUCAGAGGGCGGAGGCAGCGGAGGUGGCUGCGACCACUCGUCGGAGGAAAAGCAGAUGGUGGAGCUGAAGACCGUGGGCAGCAGCUGCUACUCCGAUAGCGAUGAUGAGGGGCUGGCGCACAGUAGCUAUGGCGACGGCGGCAACAGUGACAUCACCGACAGUCACCAUGCCGACACCUCGUUCAGUGUCUACCCUGAAACCCCGCAGGUUGUCAGCUGCCACUCAUACAAGGGGCAGGAGGAGGAGGAGGAGGAGGAGGCGCAAGAAACAGAAGGGGAGGGGCGGGGAGAGGAGGCUCCGCCCAGUCCAACAGGGAUUGGGCACAAGCGCAAGAGGACCCAGCGCCUCCUAAUGGAAAACUGCAGGAGUAAGAAGAAGCCUUUCCAUUGUAAGCCUUGCCAGUACGAGGCUGAGUGUGAGGAGGAGUUUAUCCACCACAUCCGUGUCCACAGCGCUAAGAAGCUAAUCGCGGUGGAACAGGCCCAGGAAGAAGAGGAGGAGCCAGAUAGGGGGGCGGAGUCAGCUCCGGAAGGAGGUGGGGAAGGGGCGGUCUAUACCAAGGGCGUGAUCCGCUGUGAGCGCUGUGGCUACAACACCAACCGCUACGACCACUACAUGGCCCACCUCAAGCACCACAACAAGGAAGGGGACAGCCAGCGUGUGUACAAGUGCACCAUCUGCACCUACACCACCAUCAGCCAGUACCACUGGAAGAAGCACCUGAGGAACCACUUCCCCAGCAAGCUCUACACCUGUGGACAGUGCUGCUACUUCUCUGACCGCAAGAACAACUACGUGCAGCACAUCCGUACCCACACAGGCGAGCGGCCAUUUCGAUGUUCUUACUGCAAGUACUCAAGCUCACAGAAGACCCACCUGACCAGACACAUGAGAACACACUCAGGCGAGAGACCCUUCAAGUGUGACAGCUGCAGUUACCUGGCGGCCAACCAGCACGAGGUGACGCGCCACGCUCGACAGGUCCACAAUGGGCCCAAGCCCCUGAGCUGCCCGCACUGCCAGUACAAGACGGCCGACCGCAGCAACUACAAGAAGCACGUGGAGCUGCAUGUCAACCCCAGGCAGUUCCUCUGUCCCGUCUGCACCUACGCCGCCUCCAAGAAGUGCAACCUGCAGUACCACGUCAAGUCCCGCCACCCGGACUGCUCCGAGAUCACCCUGGAUGUGUCGAAGGUCAAACUCCGCAUCAAGAAGCCAGGGUCCAGUGCCCCCACCUAUUACAGUGUGGGCAAGGAGGCCCGAUACGUCCUGACAGGGAUCAAGGAGGGGAGGAUCGAGAGGAAGGUCGGCAGGAGAGAGGGAGCGAUGGGUGGAGGAGAAGGAAGAGAAGAAGCGGUGGCAGCGGACAGGCAGCCUAUAGCGGACCCCAUAAACCUAUCAACCAAAAAAUCAUCUAAAGCCAAUCCUCCUUCGACUGCCACCAAGAAGGAACAGCGAGACAAGACCCCCAAGAGGAGGGAGGAGAAGGAGACCUCCAAGAGAAGGGAGGAGAAGGAGACCUCCAAGAGAAGGGAGGAGAAGGAGACCUCCAAGAGAAGGGAGGAGAAGGAGACCCCUAAGAGGAGGGAGGAGAGAGAGACCCCCAAGAGGAAGGAUGAGAGGGAGACCCCCAGGAGGGAGGAGAGGGAGACCCCCAAGAGGGAGUCCAUGAGGAAGGCCCAGAAUGGUGUGACAGAGGAGAAGAGAGGAGAGAAGCCGGGUGAGAGGAAAGAGAGGGGUGGUGGGAAGGUGGCGGGAAAGCGGGGUGAGCAGAGGAAGGGGGCGGAGCAGAAGAAGAACAGGGACACCUGCAGGACGGGGAAGGCCUCCAAAACUGCGGGUGUCACAGCAGAGACCCAGCCCAGGAAAGAAAGCAAGGUCAAGAAAAUGGCCAAUGCCAUGGAAGAGAAGGAAGAGUGGGAGCAGGACAGAGGGGAGGCUGAGAAAGCAGAAGAAGAGAGAGUGGUGAUGGAGAGAGAGAGAGCAGAGAAGGAGAGAUUGGAGAAAGAAAGGGCAGAGAAGGAAAGGUUGGAAAAGGAGCAAGCGGAGAAGGAGAGAGCAAAACAAGAGAGAGAGAAGAUGGAGAAGGAGGGAGCAGAAAGAGCGAGAGUAGAGAAGGAGAAGAUGGAGAAGGAGGGAGCAGAAAGAGCGAGAGUAGAGAAGGAGAAGAUGGAGAAGGAGAGAGCAGAAAGAGCGAGAGUAGAGAAGGAAAAGAUGGAGAAGGAGAGAGCCGAAAGAGAGAGACUUGAGAAGGCGAGAGUAGAGAAGGAGAGGAAGGGUGAAGACACAGCGCCAGUCAAGAGUGGUAGGCGAACAAGAGCAGUCAGAGCCGUGGGGAGAACGAGCAGAGGAAAGAUCCAGGAACCCGCAGAAGAGACGCAGGGCGAGGAAGCCAAGGUCACCUCCAGGAAACGGAAAGCGUCCGCGUGCCAGCCUCCCCCACCCCAGAACGAGGCCCCCGCGCAGCCCAGCAGAAAGCUGGCGGCCGAGGAGAGGCGGCCGCAGAGGUCCAGCGUGCUCCGGGGAAGGAGCGAGGCGCUGCAGCGUGGCCAGGGGCCCGAAGGCAGCGGCGGGCUGAGCGAGAGCAUCGACCCGUCCCCGGGAGUCAGCGUGAUCAAGAGAACCAAAAAGACCAGGGCCACUCCGGGCCCUGCGGAGACCAAACCGGGCCCCACGGAAGCUAAACCAGGCUCCACAGAAGCCAGAGAGGGGCUUGAUCUGGCGCGCCAGGGGUCAGUUCGAGGGACCAGCCCGAAACAGUGCCCCAGUGGUGAGGAGGACAUCCUCAUGAAUGGGGUUGAGGAGGCGGGUACCUCCACUUGCCAGAAGCCUGCGGGAGGAGGAAAGAGGACUGGGGAGCGAGGGGAGGCCGGGCGUGGCAGGGUCAAUGAGGGGGCGGACCCAGGACGGGGCCCUGAAGCGGCAGAAGGGAAGGUGACCGCCGCUCCCCACCGGCCGGAGCUCUCGGUCACGAGGCAGGGCAAGGCCACCGUCGUGGAGGAGGACGAGGGCAUCCACAGCCACGACGGCAGCGACAUCAGCGACAGCGUCUCCGAGGGCAGCGAUGACUCGGGCCUCCACGGCGUCGCCGUGGCGACGCCCGCGGCGAAGCCCGCCGGGCCUGGCACAGCCGCAACCACGCCGGCGGCCACGCCUGUGACCACACCCACAGAGGGACCUCCCAGCACCGCCGCCACCAUCACACCUCAGAGCCACAGGUGCAUUUUCUGUGACCGCACCUUUAAUGUGGAGGUGGAGUACCGACUGCAUCUCAACCGUCACCUGGUGAACGUGUACUACCUGGAGAGCGCUGCCAAGGGGGACCAGUGAAAGUGAACCCAAAAUGAACCCAAAAUGGCGGGUGGCCCUUCACUAGGGGCCCCCAACCCUGGUCCCAUCACCGCAGCGUCGGCAGGUGUUCAGUGACUCAGCACUUAACCGAUGGAUUAGACACAGGUAGCUCACCUCAAACUGGUUUUUGGUGCCUGGUGCUCAGUUCUCAUCUCUGUAGUUCUUACUGUACCUCCGUAUCUCAGAUAUCAGACAUCACUGGUGAAUUUUUGCUUUACUAUUGACUUUUUCUAUAUAUAUUAUAUAUAUAAAUAUAUAAAAUCUUGUGUUUGUAUUCCACUGUUCUGAAAGAUUAUGUGUUCAUUUUCUCUUAGUCUCCUUUUAGAAGAAAGAUUGCGUCUGGCCAUUGUCAUUUUGUAAAUGUAUACUUUAAAACCACCACCCUGCAGUGAAACAUGGGAGGUAUCUUUUGUGUGUGUGUGUACUGUAAAGCUUUAUUAUGGUUCCGGAAAAGCACCGCCGAGAGCAAGGGUUGUGUGUGCACUUGGCGGUUCUCGUUUCGGUACGGAUUAACUGGGACUGAUUAGGUUUGACGAAAAGAAAAAAUCGAGAAAAAAGAAAGAAUUUCAUCUUCAGUCUUCUGCUCUUCGCUGGCACAGUGGCAGCUUCCUGAGCUUUCUCUUCAGCUCCACAUUCAGGGAUCUCUCUCAGAAUAUUUUAGGCAUGACAACAUUGGGGAAUCCCUGGUCCACCGCGUUAGAAACGAAUGAGACCACAUGACCGGAGUUCCCCCCAGGGCUCAAUUGCUCUUCAGCGCUGAAUUGAGCGCCAGUUCAUUCUUGACUCAAGAAUGGAAACUCAAGAGGGUGUGGGCAUGCAUGGGGAGAGGGGUAUUUAUCUACAAGGGGUCUCAAACUAUGAUCUUGGGUGGGGGCCUAGUGUCUGCUGACUUUUGGUGUGCUUCAGCGGUUAAGUGCUUCAUUUAAUUGAUUUACUGACGAGAGUCCACAAACCUUGCUUCAAGGCCAAUUAAGGCAUUAAAAGAAAACAAAAAACCUGCUAACACUGCAGCUGUCCAGGGCUGGAAAUUGAGAGCCAUGAUUUACGCUGUGAAAUCAACAAGAGCUGAACUGGUAAAAUCCCAUUGAAUCUCUCUUGGAUUGAAAGCAGCUGCUCAGUGGUGCAGAAUCAUGACACCGUGUCAUUUGUGUUAAGGAAACGGUUAGAUUUUUUUACUGUGGAAUGGCCCCAAACAGAAAUGACUCAUUUCUCUACAGUUCAUGGGUUGUUUUUAGUUUUCUCUCUCUCUCUCUUUUUCUCUCGGUCCCCCUCCUCAUUCACUGCCCUGUCUGAGAGUAACAAUAGUGACUCCAUUAUGAAAGGAAAGCAUAACACUUCUAAAUGAGGAACCAAAGACAGACCCUGCGCUCCCGCGGGGAGGCUAAAUUGGAGGGACCCAGGUGGUCCUUUGCCUGUAACCGAGAGAAGAAUUCUUGGGGCUUUUUUUCAUUUGUUAGCGUGCUCCACUAGAGAGCCGGCUUCUGACACUGCUUCCAGACAGGCGGGGACAGUAUGUGGAGUCGGGACAGCUUCGGGGGGGGG